AUGAAUGCGACAGAUGCUGCUAGCAGGGACGGAGAGUCCGCAUGCCUCGAGAGCCCUAGAGCAAAUGACACGCUCUACUGGCAGCUGCUCACUGUUUCUUUGUUGGGGCUCAACACCGCAUCACAACGCAUGACUUCUGUUUUCCGACACCGCCACCAACCACAUGUAGGCCAUGUGUACCCCCUGUCGCGCCGCAUGGUCGUGAAGACCGGGAGCGACGUCCGGCUGACCGAAGCGGCCACCAUGAAAUUUAUCGCUGAGAAAACCAACAUCCCCGUGCCUAGAGUUCUCAGCGCAUUUUUACGAAAUGGAGCCGCUUACAUUGUCAUGGAGAAGAUCGAAGGUCAAGAGUUGGCCAAACUUUGGCACCACAUAUCCGACGAGACCAGGGCAAAUCUGCUAGGCCAACUGAGACAGAUUGUUGACGAACUUCGGGCACUCGAACCUCCAAGCGAGUUUUGUGUUGGCAGUUGCACGGGUGGGUCACUGCAAGACUUCCGACAGAGUCGCGCACCACCGCCGGUCCGAUUUGGGCCUUUCAGAACCAUGCAGGAUUUCCACAGCUGGCUGAGGGACGGCCUCAAGCAAGGCGAAGCUGAGAAUAUGGAGCAAGCGGAAUUGGAUAGCGUGAACGAGAUGAUUGCCAGACAGGACGGACCUUGGCCUCCGCCCGUAUUCACGCAUGGAGACUUGAAUCCUUCGAACAUACUUGUCCGCGACGACAAGAUAGUAGGAAUCAUUGAUUGGGAGAUGUCAGGGUGGUAUCCUCACUACUGGGAAUAUACGUCCCUCAAGAUCGGGAGCCACCUGGUAAACCCUACCUGGGACGAGAACAUUGACAAAUUUCUCAGCCCCUUCCCGGACGACUUGAAAAUGGAGAAAGUACGGUUUCGUUGGUGGGGAAACAUUUGCUGA